UAAGAAUGCAAAUGGCUGUCUUUCUACUGAACAACUGCAGAUUUCAGGGAUGUGGGCUGCGGUUUGAAACUCUUGGAGACUUGAUACAACAUAUAGAAGACACACAUAUUGACUCAGACCCACAAGUUCUGGAGAAGCAGGAGACUAGACAGCCAACAUCUCUAGCCCUUAGCUAUAUUUUACGCUGUUUCACUGACGAAGGAAGGCGGGUUCAGCAAGAGUUUAACAGAAAGCAGAGAGAGUGCUUUGAGUCACCAACCACGACGAUGAGGAGUGUUACCCCAUCUGGAAGUGAAUUUGAUGACUAUGAUUCCAACAGCGACGAGGAAGACAGUGACGCCCCACUAACUGCGCAGGAAUUCUCCGCUGAGCUCAUUCUCAGCAUGGUGAAUGGCCGUGAAAGUCCAGGAGAUCCGGAGAAGCCACUGGCUUGUCCAGUACCUGGCUGUACCAAACGAUACAAAAACAUCAAUGGUAUGAAGUACCACGCUCACCAUGCUCACAAGAAGGAGAUCAGUCAAAUCAGAAAAGCGACCACAAUAUACAACUGUAGGUACUGCAGCAAGAACUACAAGACGACCAAUGGUCUCCGCAAUCACAUGCUCAACCAGCACACACCCGCAGACGUCAUGGCGAUCAAACCUGCACAGCUCGCCACAUCCAGUUCCGUGUUUCUGUCGUCCCAGAAGGCACUAGCUAAACACUUAGAUAAAUCCAACAAUGAAUGCAGCGCUAGUGCCAUCUUGUCCGAGUCGUUCGACACAUCGUGUGAUGCCUCAUUUGCAGUGGACAAUGUGACACCAUCUGAACUCCCGUCGCCUGUAGCCAUAAGGAGAAUAACAAUGCCAAAAAUCAUCCAAGCAGGACUAUCCUUUCAGAACUCAAAGUCGUUGGCUGUUGCCAUGACAACAAAACAGAAGAAAAAACUUUCUACAGAGUCCAUGGAGUUUUCACCGUUCCUGAUUCAGGACGAAGAUGUUCCUAUGGCGAUGUCCCCGGAGAUUGCUGUGGACUUUUAGUACAUUCCGUGUUAGACUCCAGACAACUCCACUGUAGCGUGCACGUGUGUACUUGUAUAUACAUUGUAUUGUUUCAAUAUGAUCAACCCUUUGUGUACUUUAUACUGGGAAAAGUUUACGCUCCGUAAUAGGUAAAAAAAAUUAAAUGGAGAUUUGGACUAUUGGUACAAAGCUUACUAUACAUAGUAUUUCCAUCGUGAACAUUGAACUGAACUCUCAUCUGAUACAGAUUUUACUCGGAAAGACAGAUAUUUGACUGAGCAAAUAUUCCCCAGUAUAGAGUAGCUUCAGUGCCUAUAUUAUUGAUCAAAUCUAAGCCAGCCAGUAUAAGUCAUGAUUGAUGUGAUGAACAAAUUACUUCCCUUUGUUGUAUUUCCUUAUAACAUUUUGGCUUUUUCUUACAUUUUGUUAAAUUGAAUAUAGUCAUUUUUUUACCUAUCCAAAAAUUCUGUAUUGUCCGAUAUAUUUUUUUUUGAAAAGAAAUGAGUCUGCAAACGUUUUUCAGAGUAUUAAAUACUAUUUUGAAAAUGUUCAAAAUGAAUAAAUAAUAAUAAAAAAAUACCUAGAUUUACAUGUCAUAAAAAUUAUAAUUACUAAAUGUUUAAAUUGCAGUACUCAAGCAGCAAAGUAUGUGGGAAGCCUUUUAAAAAGGGGAGGUAAUCUGGAUAUAUUUAAAUAUUAAUUACGGAGGGUGGUAGAAUUUUCUUUUAUAUACUGCAUCAUCUAUCUCCUUAAAAAAAUCUUAUAAUAAGUGAUACAACAGUAUAAUCCCAAUUUCCCAACCCUCCAUGUAUGGAUGUUUAAUCAACCUGCCACCCCUCCCUUUAAAUCAACUCUGAAAUAGCCCUUACGAUUUCUUAUUUUGAUUAAAGGUAAUUGGCAUGAUUACAAAAUAACGUAAACUAUCUGCCUCAUAAAUUCCAGCUGGCCGUGUUAAUGAUUUAAGAUAUACGAGAUACAGGAAUGCCAGACUUGCCAGCAAGGUUUGGCACUGGAGCUCUGUGAUUGGUUGAUGUAGUGCCUUACUGUAUAUGUAUGUAUAUAGAUGUUUGUGAUAUGAAUGAUCAGAUUUAAAUCAUGCAUAAUAGCAAUGUAGAAAUAUUCUUGUUUCUGGUACCAUUGUGUUAGAGCUGUUUCUGUUCCCUCACCAAUGGAAGGGAAAAGAAAAUUAGUUCCGUAGAAUUUGAGUGUUCUGAUCCAAAGAUAUGAUAGGUGGUGCCCUCAAAAAAAAAAAUCUUUAUUUUUUUUUAUUUUUUUUUAUCAUAGAACCCAACUUAGGAAAAAUUUGACUAAAAAUAUUACCGUAAAGUAAUCUGUUGCUGGAAAAAUGAAUGUUUUUUUUUUUCGUGGCCUGAAUGGAUUACAAAGUCUCAACACUUUGACUAGAAAUACAGUGUUCCUGAAACACAUGUCAUGUAAACUAAUGGAAGUCGUUGCUUCACAGCAAACUGAAAGUAAUCCUUUUCUGGCUCAUGCUUGUUGUAACCUAUCUGCCUGACUAAUAUUUUCAGUACCAAAAGUGUUCCUUUACGAGACAAUACUUUGAAAUACAAAGCUAAAUCAUCAGACUUGAUCGUAUGAAUGGCCAGAAGUAUUUCACACGGUAAAGUGCCUUGAUUGUGAUAACCACUCAAAAUAAAUUCUUCAGGUGUUUUUUGUCACUUAUCAGUAAGAUUUAAAGAAAUGUUGUGCAAUGUAUCAAAUUCAUUUUAUUUUUUUGUUAAGUUAAUAUUUUUUUUCAAUUUUUGGAAGUUAUUAUGCCUGUAAUAUUCGCAUGUUAUAAUGACCAUAUUUCAUUUUCUUCGGAUGAGUUGGCAACAUUUUGAUGUCCGUGUGGCUCAAAAUUCACAAGCCAUAGGAAAUAGAUGCGUAUGUUUUCCCUGAAAUUGUCAGUUAUUUAAUUUUGGUAGUGCAAGAACCUGUUUCUGGUAUAAACGAUUGACUGAAGACUGUUUAGUACAGUCCAAAACUUAGUCAAGUUCUCCGUUCAUCCAAUCUAUGAUCUAGGAAAGAUGACGUAAAAUUUACUGUAUUGUAAAUAUUGUUGACAAAGAUGUGUUUGUUUGUUGUCUCGGAUACCUGGGCUACGUUUGUAAAUAUUGAAACGAUAAGAAACGGGUAAUUUUGCGUAAAGAGAGUUAUAAAUAUUCGUGCAAUAGAUAUAAGGAUGCUGAAUAAUAUUUGUUGUUUUCACGCUUGUUUUGUCCCACAGUUAUCUCCCCUUUUGACACUUUCGCUGGUGUCCCAUUUAAUAAUGCUAAAAGAUUGUUAGGUCAGUAUUAUAACUUACCGUAAGUAUGCAAAAUAGGAGAAAAGAACAGGAUUUUUGUCUCUGAAAAAAAUGGUAGUAGACUCGUAUGUAUUUUCUUGCCAAUAUUGUUUUUUAUGUACUUCUCUAUAGAUUAGGGUAAAUUUUAUACCACAAUUUUUUGUAUCAUUUUCAUCUUGAGCUUAUAUCAUUGUACCUUGUCGCACAUAUCGUUAAAUUAUAAAUGUUAUGUAAACAUAUGAUAACUUAUUAACCAUGCAUAAUUAAUUGUUGUAUUCCUCCUAGAAACAUAUUUUACAGCGAUUUUCAUCUUGCCAGAGUUCAGUUAGCCAUUCCUUCAUGAAAGUUGUAUUUAAAAGAGUUGUUUCAUAUUCUAUAAUCUUCCAGUAUAGCAUUAUUUUGUCAGCCUUCAACUCCUGUCAGCUGCUAUUUUAAGGGUUGACACAAACUUCUCUCACAGUUAUGAUAUUUUAUUGGAGAGGUAAGACACCUCAUGUGUAGUUUACGUGUACCCAUACUUGUAAAGUUUAAAAACGUCUGUUUUAUCUGGAGCCGUUGAUAUUAAACUUAUUAGAGAUCAACAGACCCAUUGAUAUAUAAAAUAUAGCACAUGAAUAAUCAACAUUGAAAACAAAACAUAUUUUGAUACAAAUUUUAAUUUCUUUAUUAUUUUACACAAAUCACUUAUGUCUUUUUUAUCUACAAUUCAUCAAUACAAAGUGAGAGUGUCUGUCCAAAGAUCUGUCUGCACAAGUUCAUAUUUUUUCUAAAGUAAUGCAAAGAUUUUUCAAUUUCAAUUAAACUUUGUACACACUAUCUGUAUGCAAGGUAGCUGUUAACUACGCAAUAUAUUUUUCCUUUUGUAAUUUGCUUUUUUAGCAGAGUUAUGCCCCUUUAUGUAAAAAAAAACAAAAAAAUACAUGUCCUGAUUACUUGUCCGAUAUUAUUGCUUAGAUUUCGGUGAAACUUUGCACAUUUUUUCAGCUUGCAAAGUAGUUGUUCACUGUUGUGGUUUUUUCUCGUUUACAGAUUUGUUGCCCUUUUUGAGAAUUACAGAGUUAUUGCCCUUUUUGAGAAUUACAGAGUUAUUGCCCUUUUUGAGAGAUCUAGUCAAUUUAGUUAUCAUUAAGUUUUUUCAAGACAUUGUAAGGUCAAUCAUAUGUAGUUGAACAUGUCAAGCUUACUUGCCCUCAUGAAUAUUUUUCUAAGAGAAGAAUAUGUUGUUUCAUUUUUUAGGUUACCAGGGUAAUCACAUAUUUAUUUCUUGAUGUAAUCUGUAUUAUUUCUAAACAUAUCAGUUGUAUUUCUAUAUAAAAAAAAAUCACAAAUCACCCUUUCUGAAUUUAUUUCAAGACAAAUGGCUUAAUUCUAUAUUAAUUAUUUUUGGAUUAUUUCUAGACAAAUCACUCAUUUAAGUGAUAUUUGUAGAGAAAUGAUACAUUUCUGUAUUGUUUUUAAAUCAAUGCCUCUUUUCUGUAUCACCCAUAUUUUGAGUAAACCCCUCCUUCUCAAUGGCUGCAUGAAAGCAAUUCAUAUCACAGAUUUUUUCAUUUGUUGAUAUCAAGGGUUGUAUUUUAUAAUAUUUUGAGAGAAAAAAACUACCAUUGGUAAUUUGUGAUAAUCUUUUGUAAAUAUUGUGUACAACAAAAAAAAUUCUGGAAGUUAAAAUUUUUCGAAGAUUGAAAAACAACCUUAGUUGUUGUACAUGAACUUUAAAUUGUGCUGGAUAAACAAGAUAAGUUACUGUCUUUUGUCUAUUUCAUAUUUAUCUCCACAUUAGGAUCUAUUGAUGUUGUAUCACUGUGUAACUCUUUAUAUAUACAUCC